AUGUAUGUAAAUCGUAAAGAAACACCUAAACCGAAUAGUCGUCGUGUUUCACCUAUUCGAAAUCGACAGUCUCAGAGCUCCGGUCGAAAUAGACAGUUAGUUCAAACACAACAGUCAAGUAAAACAACAGGAAGUGCUUCAAAUGAUAAUCAAAUUAGGCCGAAGAGAAGAGCUGCUCCCUGUGAAAUCGCUUUAAGAGAAAUAAGAGCUUUUCAGCGUAGUACAAAUUUUCUUUUAAGGAAGUUACCAUUUGCACGUUUACUGUCUUUUUUGGCAUUACAAGAAGCUGCGGAAGCAUUUAUUGUUCAUUUAUUCGAAUGCGCACAACGAUGCGCAAUACAUGCAAGACGUGUAACAGUUAUGACCAAUGAUAUACAAUUAGUGACACAUUUACAAAAUAUACCAACUUCAUCACAAUUUACACAUUAUCAUCAUACUAUACAAAGCCAACAACAACUCUCACAUUCGAAACAAUUAAAAUAUAAACAUGCUUCACAGCCUCGGAAAAAAGGUUAUUCUCAACAAUCAGAUGUUGAUGAAGACGAUAGCACUGAUACUUCAUAG